CAGGGAAGCUCCCAGUUCUAGAGAGGCUGUUUACCAGAUCAUAACAAGGGCAGGUCUGACUUCCAGAAAGGGACUGGGAGGCGGCGCUGGCGCCAACAGGACCCCAGCUGCACACGGGUUGGUCCAGCACCUGCAAGACUCAGGAGGCGAGGAUGCUGUGGUCCUGGGCGCAAACAUUCCUUGUCAGCAACAUGCUCCUCGCUGAAGCCUAUGGAUCUGGAGGCUGCUUCCAGGACAACGGCCACCUGUACCGGGCAGACCAGUCCUCAGCGGCGUCGGGCCUUCGCUGCCUCAACUGGCUGGACGCACUGAGCAGCCUGGCGUCGGCCCCCAAGACGGGUGCCGGCAACCACAGUUACUGCCGGAACCCAGACCAGGACCCGCGCGGGCCCUGGUGCUACGUCCGCGGUGAGGCCGGGGCUCCCGAAAAGCGGCCCUGCGAGGACCUGCGCUGCCCAGAGACUUCUUCUCAGUCCCUGCCAGCCUCCAGAACUGACUCUGAAGUGACAUCUGAAGUACCAGGGGAAGACGAAGUACAGGUGUUUGCGCCUGCCAACGCCUUGCCUGCCCGGAGUGAAGCAGCAGCUGUUCAGCCAGUUAUUGGGAUUAGCCAGCGUGUGCGGGUGAAUCCCAAGGAGAAGAAAGACCUGGGAACCCUGGGCAACGUUCUGGGCAUUACCAUGAUAGUGAUCAUCAUAGCCAUCGGAGUUGGCAUUGUCUUGGGCUACACCUACAAGAGGGGGAAGGACCUGAAAGAACAGCACGAGCAGAAAGUAUGCGAGCGGGAGAUGCAGCGAAUCACCUUGCCCCUGUCUGCCUUUUCCAACCCCACCUGUGAGAUCGUGGAUGAGAAGACAGUCGUGGUCCACAGCAACCAGACUCCAGUGGACCAACUUCAGGAGGGCAGCGCUCCCCUGAUGGGCCAGGCAGGCACCCCGGGGGCCUGAGCCCCUCCAGAGUGGGCAGGAGCCCAGGUAGACACCAGCGCAGGCCAGCUUGCCACAUCCUACAGCUGGGAGGAUAUAUACUUUGUGUUGUGGUGAAAGCCCUCCCCAUCUCUCCCCCCGCCCCCUCUCGUAUGACUUCCAAGACACAGACAGGUGUCACUGUGGGCUGAGGGUGACACAGGUGCACCUCCCAGUGCACCUUCUCCAUUUCUUAGAGCAGUAUUUUGCCUGCGGAUGGAAACAGCGGCAGCCUCACAGCAAGCUGUGCUGCUGACAAGGGCUUCCAAACACAGCCUGUGCUUGGGGUGGGCAGGGGGCUCCUCCGGACUCCUCUCUGCUUUCUUCCCCAAGAUGGUCUCAGUGUCCGCCUUUCUGUUUAACUCCAUACACUUGAGUGGCGCAUGCUGUUAUUCCUAGUUCAGGUCAAGAGGGGCAUUUCAAAGUAUAGAUUUAGUUUUUUUUUUUUUAAUAUUUGGGAUGGAACUCCCCACUGACCUCUGAGAACCGGAAAUAAGUCUGGACAAAAGUGAAAGCUCUGGGCCGAAGGGAUCUAGGCUAGGGGCUGCUGGGAGUGCGGCCAGCUUGUUGGCGGUGAUGUGCCUUGACAACUUUGUGCUGGGCACGGGUCCAGGGCCCAGGGCCUUUUCCUGUUUUGAAAGGAAAGGAAGAGAAGAAUUGCACUUAACGUUCCACUUAGGAGCACCCAACUGCCUUAGGCCCAGGAGCUGAGGUGGCCCAGGCGGUGUCUGCAUUUUGCAGGGGUUAAGAAGUAACCUAUGGAAAAGGGACUGUGGGGAGCAGGGGGCUUGCAAGCUAUUUCUGAGAUGUUAAUCUGGACCUACACUGGGAGGCAGAGUGAAGAGCCCCAGGGCCGGUUCCUAGAGUGGCCUGAGCUUGCAGGUGCCCUGUAGCUUCCUGGCCAGGCCAGUGCCUUCCAGUGGGGCAGUGGGGUGAAAGCCAUAACCUAUGACUUGUUCAAGUCAGAAUCACUGGGGGGAGUGGGCUUCGGAGCAAAUGACCCCCACAGGCCCAGAGGGGGAAAGUGACACAUAAGGUCAUAGAGCUCCAUCAUUUUGUGCCACACUGUGCCAGUGGCUGAGCAGAGCUGCUAAGCCUGGAGAGCACCGGGAGCCUUAGCCAUGCUCCCCAUCCACAGUUUCCUUCCUUCGCCCCUCAGGGAGAGGUGGGAGAGUGGGCUCAUUCUCGUCAGCGGCUGUUCAGUAGAGUGGUUUGCUAAGGGAACCUAGGCCUCAGAGGUCCCUGACCUUAGAGAUGCCGAAGAAGAAAACAUUACUGAUUUUUACUUUUCUAUAAAAGCAUUUCUCUGUAUACAUGUUUUAUAUACCUCAUUCUGACACCUGCAUAUAAGUGCAGGAAAUUGCUCUGCAUUCGACUUCUAUUAAAAAAAAAAUCC